AUGCCGUCGGGACGAAAAACGAUUGAAAAGAUUCCCCAGGAAGAUGGCACGGUGUUGGAUGCCCAGGCCGCUGUCGUGAGCAGCUGUCAAGCCUGUGAUAAACCGGACACGAAAAGGAUGGUGAUGUGCGAUGCUUGCGACGCUUGGUAUCAUUACCAGUGUGUCGAGGUUGGUGACAGUGUGUGCGACAAAAGUUUUGUUUGCCCUAAAUGCAAGUCUAUCGUUGCACUCACUGGCGCGGAGAAAACCGGAAAGGAAUUGCCAGAACCUUCGUUGGCCAGUUCGACUAGUUCUAGAGUAGGUUCUUCGGCAUCUACCGCACGAUCCCGUUUGAAGCUAAAAAUAGAAAAGCUCGAGGCCGAACGAGUUUUGCUGCAGAAGCAACUUGAUUUGGAACGUCGAGCAAAACAAGUGGAGAACGAGAUCGAGUUCGAUCGACGGCAACUCGAGUUGGACCAGGCCUUUCACCGGGAGAAGUUUUUACGUUUAGAGGAAGACGAAAACGCUGAGAACGAUGCUAGAAGCCAGAAGUCGAUACUAAGCAGCAUUCGGAAGGUUCAGCAGUGGAAAAUUCGUACUGAUGCUGUGAUCACCGAGAAACUGGGCGAGCUGAGGAUUUUAGAUCCAGUAGGGACAGGUAUCGUACCCGGAAUUCAAGGUAGGCCACAACGUGCAAAAUUAAACGCAAUCUGUGAGGAAAAACGCCACCAGGGCGCAGUAUUAGAAAGCGCAGAGUUAGGUCCCUGUUAUACGGGUGCAAUUCCCAAGACUUCUAGACAGAUAGUUAGGAAGGCAGGUGAAAGACUAGAGGCUCAAACAGUACCGGUCUAUCGAGACAAAGAUUAUUCCCUAGAUAUUUCUCCGAUUAGGCCAAGCCAUUCGAUUGAUCCAAAGUUUAACGCCGCCGAUAAAUACACUCCAAAUUUUCCUCUUGACUUGCCCGAAAGUACUCAACUUCCCUCGAAGCGCUUUUCUCGCGGUCAACUCUAUUUGGAAUCGAAAGUGAUGAGUAAUUCGGAACGUAACCCUCCUCAAAGUGGUCGAAUGUGUGAAGAAAAACCCAAAUGGCAUGGUGAGCAAGCUGUAAUAAGUGCGAUGAAAGAGCGAGAAAACUACGAAGGUUUUCCGGGCGCGACGAAACCGGAAGGGUCGAUGAAUGUGGCUGGCCAUCGACGGAACGCUGGGUACUUGGAGGAUAGAACACGUCAUGACGGUUCAUGUGGCGACGAAGCUAGUGUGGUGUGUGGAAACACAGAAGCUGAUUUACGAUUCCGGCGUGUAGGGAGUAGUCAUCGUGCUGUUAGAAGCUAUAAUCCUACGCAACAGCAGCUAUCCGCUCGGCAAUUGGCGUCGAAAGAACUACCUGAGUUCGACGGAACACCGGAAGACUGGCCACUAUUCAUUUGCACCUUUCAGAACACCACGGACGCAUGCGGAUAUUCCGAUGACGAGAAUUUGCUGAGGUUGCAGAAGUGUUUGAAGGGGCCUGCUCGGCAAAUGGUUCAAAGCCAAUUAAUGAUGCCGUCAGCUGUUCCUAGCAUCAUUGAUACUCUGCGUAUUCUAUACGGAAGACCGGAAGUGCUGGUGCACUCCUUGCUUUACAAGUUACGACAAAUUCCUGCGCCAAAAUCUGACCGGUUGUCUGAUUUGAUCAAUUUUGGGAUGGCGGUCAAGAAUUUAUGUACGCAUCUUGAAGCUGCUCAGCAAACCGCUCAUCUCAAUAACCCAACCCUUCUAUUCGAGCUUGUGCAAAAGCUUCCGGCGAACCUGCAGCUAGAUUGGGCUUUAUAUACGAUGUCUUUCGAUUUCUACGACUUGAGCACAUUUUCUUCGUUUAUGACUCAACUUGUCACAGCAGCUUCAAGAGUCACAUUGAGGGUGGAAAUACCAGGUGUAAACUCGGCUCAACGUGGUGCUAAGGCAGUUAAUUCCCGAUCGUACUUAGGCGUGCAUGCAGACGUUGUUUCAUUUCCGGUCGAUGCAAGCACGGGUUUGGCCGAACAAAACUACACUACUACUGCCGAUAGUGGAGCCGUUAGAAUCGAGGUACAACCGGGGCCAUCUUGCUUUGUUUGCAAAAAUCCAGCUCAUCGUGUAAGAAAUUGUUCGCAGUUCGAGAGGUUGUCCGUUGAAAAUCGUUGGAAGAAAAUUCGGGAGCUAGGAGUGUGCAGAAUUUGUUUGGGAUACCAUGCAAGACGACCUUGCAAGUCUACAAAAUUGUGCGAUGUGGAUGGGUGCCGAGAGAAACAUCACCCAAUGCUGCAUGACGUCAACGUGGAUGGUGAAAUCAGACCCACGACAUCUACAGCAGUUAUCAACAUGCAUUGUUCCAAUCGCUCUACACUCUUCAAGAUGUUGCCUGUAACUUUGUAUGGAAACGGGAGAUCAGUCGAAGUCUUGGCAUUCAUUGAUGAUGGCUCUUCGAUGACAUUAUUAGAUGAAGAAAUCGCAUCUCAACUAGAAGUCCGAGGAGAACCUGCUCCGUUGUGCCUCCAGUGGACCAGCAACGUGACACGCAGCGAAGCGGAAUCCCGACGAGUUAACCUGGAGAUUAAAGGUCGAUUGAAAUCUCAGAAGCUUCCACUAGAAGUGCGAACAGUGAGUGAUUUAGAGUUGCCUAUGCAGUCAAUUUGUUACGCGGAAAUGCUCGCAAGGUAUCCGCAUCUACAAGGAUUACCCAUCCAGGAUUAUCAGAACGUUAAGCCUCGGGUGUUAAUCGGAAACGAUAAUUCUCACGUCGGAGUGGCUUUGAAGAUACGAGAAGGAGGACCAGGAGAGCCUAUAGCUGCGAAAUGUCGUUUGGGCUGGACUAUUUAUGGAGCCAUUGGGAAAGGAAUGAGGGAGGCUGGCAGUUUCCACAUCAGCGAAUGCAAGUGCGAUGGAAAACUUCACGAUCUGGUAAAUGAUUUUUUCUCACUGGAUAUAAGUGGAACAUCGAAUAAUCCCGAGCCAGACUCUAAGGAGAAUAUAAGAGCGAAUCAAAUAAUGGAAGACACAACGAAACGCCGGGGUCAGAGGUUUGAAACCGGACUUCUGUGGAAAUAUGACGACUUCGAAUUUCCAGAAAGUCGAAAAAUGGCAGAACGUCGGCAUCGUUGUUUGGAGCGUCGUAUGAGCAGCGAUCCAGUUAUCGGAGAAAGUGUCAAAAAGCAGAUGAUGGAUUACAUCAAGAAAGGUUACAUACAUAAAGCCACCCCGACAGAGCUGGCCGCGGCCGACGCUAAACGAACAUGGUAUCUACCGCUGGGAGUAGCUUUGAACCCUAAGAAGCCUUCGAAGAUAUGGAUAUUUUGCGACGCAGCAGCAAAAGUGCAAGGAGUUUCGCUAAACACGAUGCUACUUAAGGGUCCCGAUCUGCUGAACUCUUUACCUGGUGUGCUUUUUGGUUUUCGGGAGCGACAGAUUGGAAUAUGCGCCGACAUUCGCGAAAUGUUUCAUCAAGUGAUGAUUCGCGAAGAAGAUCGAAAUUCGCAGCGUCUUUUGUGGGGAGACCGUUCCGAUAAACCACUUGAAACAUAUUUUAUGGAUGUGGCAACCUUCGGUUCCUCGUGCUCCCCUAGCUCAGCACAAUUUGUAAAAAAUCAAAAUGCUAUGGAAUUUGCUGAGAAGUUUCCUGCGGCAACUGAGGCAAUAAUCAAACACCAUUAUGUGGACGACUGGUUGGAUAGUGUGGACACAGUGACAGAGGCGUGCGAGUUGGCGGCAAACGUCGAAUAUGUUCACGCUCAAGGCGGUUUCAAGAUCCAUAAUUGGCUCUCCAAUUCUACUAAGUUCCUCGAGCAGAUAGGAGUUCGAGAUUUGGCUGAAAUUAAAAAUUUGAAUUUGGAUGGCAGUACGGAACGUGUUCUGGGCAUGUUGUGGCGUCCGAGGGAGGAUGUCUUCAUAUUUUCACUAAAUCAAACUUUGCAAAUUGUACAUCCUACGAAACGAGAGGUUCUACGAGCUGUAAUGUCAGUGUUCGAUCCUCUUGGGCUGAUUGCAUUUUUCGUCGUUCAUGGUAAGAUCCUCAUUCAGGACAUCUGGAGGUCAAAAACGAACUGGGAUGAGAAGAUUGCAGAUGAGUUAAAAGGUCGAUGGCAGCAGUGGACGGGGCAUUUCGAAAAAUUGUCGGAGGCAAGUAUCUCACGGUGUUAUUUCCCAAAUUGUCAGAAAGACGACGUCAAAGAAAUUCAGCUUCACAUUUUCUGCGACGCCAGCGAGCAAGCUUACGCCAGUGUGGCUUAUUUACGCGCUCAAGUAGACGGUUACACACGAUGUAUUCUCGUGACCGGAAAAUCGAAAGUUGCACCUCUGAAAACAGUAUCAAUUCCCAGAUUGGAGCUGCAGGCAGCUGUGCUUGGAGUGCGGUUGCGAAAAUUAAUUACGAAAUUCCACCGAUUGACUAUCACUAAAACGACUUAUUGGACUGACUCGCAGACGGUGCUUUCGUGGAUACAAUCCAGCCACCGCAGAUAUCGACAAUACGUUGCUUGUCGAAUUGGGGAAAUUUUGACUGAAUCCAGCGGGGACGAUUGGAGAUGGACGCCGUCGAAAGAGAAUGUUGCUGACGAUGCCACGAAAUGGGGCCGAGGGCCAACGUUUUCAUGCGACGCUAGAUGGUUUCAGGGUCCACCGUUUUUAUACUUACCGGAGAGUGAAUGGCCGAUAAGCCAAAGGACUAAUGCUGGAACCACAGAAGAACUAGCAGAGUGCCUGCUUCAUGUUGCGGAACAUAGAAUUCCUCUGCUGAUCGAAUGGGAACGCUUUCCUUCUUGGAAAUUGUUGUGCCGUGCGGUGGCGACUAUCCACAAAUAUUUCGAUUUUUUGCGUGGUAGAGUUAAAAGUGAUUCGCCUUUAACCAAGGAACAGCUAAUAAGAGCUGAAAGAACUAUCAUCAAAUUAGUUCAAAGAGAAGUGUAUUACCGAGAAUUGCCCACAUUGGAAGAGAAUAGAGAAAAGGGAGGCUCUACCCGAUGCCAGAGUUCUCUGACUAGUAAAAGCAAGUUGUUUAAGCUCUCACCGUUCGUAGACGAAUUUGGAAUUAUUCGUUUAGAAAGCCGUAUCGUUGCGGCGUCUUACGUGUCAUUUAAUACUAGGUUUCCCAUAAUCUUACCCAAAGAUCACCUCGUUACCAGCUUGAUAAUUCUGGCGCUACAUGAACGUUAUCUUCACGCAAAUGGAGAAACUAUCGUCAACGAAAUAAGACAGCGUUAUCACAUCCCGAAUCUUCGUAAUCUCGUUCGAAAGGUGUCGAAAACAUGCCAACAGUGCAAAAUCAGAUUCGCAAAACCCCUUAUUCCUAGAAUGGCGGCUCUACCUGCAGCGAGAUUACAGGCUUUCACCAGACCGUUCACCUACAUUGGAUUGGACUACUUUGGUCCACUGACCGUGCGUAUAGGUAGAAGCACAGUGAAACGAUGGGUGGCACUCUUCACCUGCUUAACAAUACGGGCCAUUCACCUGGAAGUGGUUCAUUCGUUAUCCACGGAAUCCUGCAAAAUGGCCAUACGACGCUUCAUUGUUUGCCAUGGUUCUCCGCUGGAAAUAUAUAGCGACAACGGAACCAAUUUCGUCGGCGCAAACAACGAAAUCAAAUAUUCUGUGAAACAGUUAGCUGAAUGCUUUACGAACGCGAAUACGAAAUGGAUUUUUAAUCCACCAUCAGCGCCACAUAUGGGCGGCUCAUGGGAGCGCUUGGUCCGCUCCGUAAAAGUGGCUAUGGCAGCGAUGCAGACAUCGAGGAACCCGGAUGAAGAAACAUUUGCGACGAUCGUUCGAGAUGCUCAAGGAGUUGUGAACUCGCGUCCCUUAACAUUCAUCCCCAUUGAAAGUGAGUCUCAGGAAGCUCUCACUCCUAACCACUUCAUCCUGCUCAGCUCGAAUGGAGUCUCUCAAACUCCGAAACCACUGUCUGAUGAUAGCUCGGCACAUCGGAACAAUUGGAACCUGCUCAACGGGAUGGUAGACCACUUUUGGCGAAGAUGGAUACGAGAAUAUUUGCCGACCAUUGCCCGGCGAACAAAAUGGUUUAGUGACGUAAAACCGAUUGAACAAGGUGACCUGGUGAUUAUCGUUAACGAAGCGGAAAGAAAUGGUUGGAUGCGUGGACGGAUUUUAAAUUUCAUCGAAGCGAAAGACGGUCGACGUCGACAAGCAGUGGUCCAGACUGCGCAUGGUGUUUUGAGAAGACCGGUUGCUAAAUUGGCGCGUCUAGAUAUAGUAUCCGGUAACCCAGGAUCGGUGAAACGAUCCACCGACCUUUCUUACGGGCAGGGGGAUGUUGCGGUGGCUACGACCGAUCUUCCAAACCCACCUGCUAACUGA